CGCCUAGGCGCCUAGCAUCAGUCGAUCCGUGUUCGUCACUUCGUUGCAGGGCCUCGGAUCAUGAUUGGCCGGCACGUUUUCUGAGAAUCUAAGGUGAAAAUGUCGUCAGCGGCUGGGAAGCAAAGUAACAACUCUGGACAGGACGAUGAGGGCGAAGAAGAAGAUGACGAAGUCGGGGACCUGGUGUCUGCCAUCAAUUACAACACCAUUAAUUAUAACACCAUAUCUUCUAUGGCCGUGCUCAAAGAAAUACUUGGAGCUCAAGAUAGUCCAGAAGACGCAGAUUGGUUUCAACAUUAUUUUUUACGCCAUGUUAACCGCUUACCAUCGCGAAGUCAUCAGUUUGUUGGUCGACGUCUUUCAGAAUGUAAAGAAGAAGAUGAACAUAUUGAAAAUAUUUUGAAAUCACCAUUGACUGAGGAUCAACCAAAUAGUACUAAUAUCAGUGCUAAAUCAACACCACCAAUUUCACCGCCAUCACACCAUAGAGAUAAGCAUUUUUUUGACGUUAAUCUAGUAGAAAUGAAGUCUCAAGCAUCUUCGACUUCAACUUUAGACUACGACUCAAUGGAUGAUGUAUGGAUUAAACGAUAUGAUCCAGAAACAUCAAAACGUCGAUCGGAACUUGGGUCACAACCUUUGCCAACUACAGCAGAUGAUACUGAUGGCCAGUUAGUAUCAAUCAAUCGACCAAGAUCUGAUACAUGGAGCAAAGGAGGGUCAGCUCCUGUUCUUUUACCUGCAGUAAUUGCUGCUUUGGCUAAAUCUAAGAAAGUAUCAGUUGGUGUUGAAAGACGUCAGUCUGGUGAUGACAUUUUAGCAAAAGGUACUCCUAAAGUACAGCCAUCAAAGAAUAAAAUUCAACAAUCUCAAUCCCAACAAAUUCAACAAUCACAAAAGAAAAUGUCACCAAAACCUCGUUCUGGGCAAUCUCCUUCUCACACGCGUAAAUCAAAUACAAUUUUAGAUGCAUUUAGGCCUCGAUCAAAAUCUGACGCUGCAUCUAAAAAGAAUAAUACAAUUAUGUUACAAAUGAAAAAUUCUAUUCAACAAACUCUUAAAUCUCCUGGAUCAAGUGCUCGAAAUAGUAUUAGUGGAUCAAUUGCUUCAACUGAUACAACUGAACAUACUAAUUCAGUACUACCUGCUGCUCGUAAUCGUUACAAACAAACUACAGUAGCUGCAAGACCACGAGCUGGAUCAGAUAGUUCUAGCACUAAGGGAGCUGUGUCUAAAAUGAUGGAUUUAUUUAGACAUAGAUCUCAAAGUGCAGUUUCUGCUGAAGACAAACGGAAAGCUAAAGCAGCAAAUAUUCAACAUACAAAUCUCGCACAAGGAGCUUUAUUACGUAGAAGUUCUCUAGAUCCUGAAACUCGCCGAUUGUCCCUGGGCACAAUAUCCAACUCGAGAAAAAACUCUGACAGCUUUUUAGAUCCUACACAUGCCGCCAUAUUAUUCCGUGACUCCAGAGGACUUCCUGUUGCUGAUCCAUUCUUAGAAAAAGUUAAAAUAAAAGAUCUGGCUGAGGAUGAAAGUCAGAUUUUUGUGAAAUUUUUCCGUUUCCAUAAAACUUAUGAUCUCAUACCAACUAGUGCAAAAUUAGUUGUCUUUGAUACGCAGUUAAUUGUAAAAAAAGCAUUCUUUGCCUUAGUUUACAAUGGUGUUAGAGCAGCUCCAUUAUGGGACAACAAACGGCAGAAAUUUGUGGGUAUGCUAACAAUUACAGACUUUAUUAGGAUACUGCAAAAGUAUUAUUCUUCAUCAUCUUCCAGCAUGGAGGAAUUAGAAGAACACAAGUUGGAUACUUGGAGAAACGAAUUACAUGAAGAUCGACCUCAAGAAUUGAUAUCAAUUGGGCCAGAUAUGUCAUUAUAUUUUGCUAUUCAAACAUUAAUAAAUAAUAAAAUACACAGGCUUCCAGUUAUCGAUCCAAUCACUGGAGAUGUUCUUUAUAUUGUCACACAUAAACGUAUAUUACGUUUUCUUCAUCUUUACGUAAGGAUUCAUGAUUUACCAAAACCUGCUUACUUGUCUAAGAGUCUUGAAGAAUUGAAAAUUGGCACUUAUGAAAAUAUAGAAACCGUGUCUGAAAAUACAUCUAUUAUACUAGCAUUAAAGAAAUUUGUCGAACGCAGAGUAUCUGCUUUACCUAUGGUUGAUCAUGAAGGUCGACUCAUUGAUAUAUUUGCUAAAUUCGACGUAAUUAAUUUAGCUGCUGAACGUACCUAUAAUAAUUUAGAUGUUACUCUAAAACAAGCUAAUGAAUAUCGAAGUGAUUGGUUUGAGGGUGUACAAAAAUGCCACCUGACUGAUACAUUAUUUAAUGUUAUUGAAAAAAUUGUCCGUGCAGAAGUACAUAGGCUAGUGAUUGUGGACACUGAAGAUAAAGUCAUUGGAAUUCUCUCAUUAUCUGAUAUUUUACACUAUUUAGUUCUUCGACCUUCUGGAGCUGAACAAUCACUGAAAAACAAAGACCUAUACGAAAAUAAUGUGGAAAGUUCUAAGGCUUUAAAUUCAAUUAUGGAGCCAGUAUUAUUACACUCGUAAUGUGGACAAACAUUUUUUCAAUCCCGUGACAUUGUAUGAUGUAUGGAAAUAGAAUCAAUAGUUUGUUGUCACAAUACUGAAUGAUCUGGCAUAAUUUUAUUUGUAUAAGUAUUAUUUACCUAUGUAGUAUUAUACAACAGCGCUUUAGAGACAACAAAAUGAUCAUUCUCUCUAAGUAUUAGUUGAAAAUUUUAUGUUCAAUGCCUUUUUUUCUUAUUAUCUUAUUAUCUUUUUUAUUAUUAUUAUUAUUAUUAUUAUU